GACAUCUACACAACAAUCCAAGCUGGAUGGUCGGGUCCACUACUCGCCCGCAGAGUGCCUCGCCCUGGGCGUCACCGCAACAUGAACGGCAACAGCCGGAUAGCGGAGCACAACCUGCAGCCGCUCAAGGCGGAGGAGGGAGAGCACGUGGGCGAGUACCCGACUCAGCCCAACCUAUACCCGGCGACGCUGGGGGCGCUGUUCAGCCUCAACAACCCCCAGUUGGACAAGCUUGAGGAGUUCUACAACUGCAAGUUCAAGGGCACCAGCAUGGCGGCGCGGCAGAGCGCCUUCACCGCCUCCAUUGGUGCGCUGUCUGCGCGCCCCUGAGCGGCGGCGUUAUUGUAUGUUUGGGGAGGACAAGCGUAGAUGAAUCGCAAGUGGGGCCUGGUGCCGUGUCGGCACCUUGGCAUGAACCUGGGGAACGAAAUCGUGAAUAUGUGGAACAAGGCUGGAACAAUCACAAAGCCCGCCAGUGCAACCAUCCAAAACUACUACCACUGUGACCUGUAUGUGAACAGGUAUGUAACAACGCCGGAGG